UGUUGUUUUCGCUGCUCCGGUGAUGUAAUUUAUGUCGAUUUUUGCAAACCAUUAUCACGCAGUUGUAUGUGCUGACACGUCUCUGAAAUAAGUCCUCUAUCUGGUCACAAUUUUGCAGGUUUAAGGAUACAUUUCCAGCUGUUAUUCGAGGGGAUAUUCUUAUUGAGGGCUGUUAAGGAUGUGGUUAAAUGUACUAUUUCUCGACUUGGGUUUCUGAUGGAUUGAGUACAUAACAUUAAUGAAGUAAUAACUGGAUUCUAAGUAUAUUAUGGUGCUCUAGGGGACCCACGUCAACUGGGACUGACAUGAGUUUUGCCUGAAAGUGAAUGAUGAGGUUGAUAGAAGAGCAUAAGAAAGGGAAUUAAAAGACAUCUCAAUAAAGGUCUCAUCCGAUGGACCCACUGGCGUCCCCGGCCCACGGCUGGUUCCCGGCUCCGCCUCCUCCCAUCUACUGCUGCACCCUGACCCCGGCGCUGGUGGCCAAGGCCCGCGAGGAGCUCCAGGAGAAGCCUGAGUGGCGUCUCAGGGACGUCCAGGCGCUGAGAGACAUGAUCCUAAAGGAGCAGCCCAACCUAAGGACCCGGUUGGACGACGCCUUCCUUCUGCGCUUCCUCCGGGCCAGGAAGUUUGACUACGACCGGGCCCUGGAGCUGCUGCUCAACUACCACGCAGGGCGCAAGGCCUGGCCGGAGGUCUUCCAGGACCUCAAGCCCUCCACGGUGAAGCACGUCCUGGACCUGGGCUUCCUUUCAGUGCUGCCCCACCCCGACCCCUCCGGACGCUACAUCCUCUGUCUCCAGCCGGGAAAAUGGAAACCAAACGAUUAUCCGUUUGUGGACAACGUGAGGGCCCUCUACCUGACUCUGGAGAAGCUGAUCCAGCCGGAGGACACCCAGGUGAACGGGAUCGUCAUCCUGGCGGACUACACCGGGGUGGGCAUGUCUCAGGCCUCAAACCCUGGCCCCUUCCUUGCAAAAAAAGUUGUGAGCAUACUCCAGGAUGGAUUCCCCAUCAGAAUCAAGGCUGUUAACAUAAUCAAUGAGCCAAGGAUUUUCAAGGGGAUCUUUGCAAUAAUUAAGCCCUUUCUGAAGGAGAAGAUGGCUGAGAGGUACGUGCUCCAUGGCUCAGACGUGCGCUCCCUGCACCGGAACAUCCCCCCCACGGUCCUCCCUGGCCAGUACGGCGGCAGCGCGGCCCAUCUAGACAUGUCGGCGUGGUCGCGGAUGCUGCUGGACUGUGAGGAGGAGUUCAUUGUGGAGUUCUGCCAGCCAGAUCCACUAGAGGGCGUGGUGCUGCCAGAAGACAUGCUCCUGGAGGGGGAGGCGGGAGGCGGACCGGAGGAGGACCCCUUCAGGGCGGUCCGCUCUCAGCUGUACUACUGUUACUGAAUCCCCGCUACUCUCCACUGUACUCCUGUUGCUGACUCCCGUCACUCCCAUUUACCCCCAGUUAUCAAUGAGAGGAUACGUUGGUUUGGUUGUUUCUUUUGAAACCCACGAGUUUUAUCAGGCAAGUUGCCAAACAUUUAGGUCUACAACAUUUACUUUUUUUACUCAGUGUCAACAUUAUAGUAGGCCUACGUGAGCCAAAGGGGAGGGGGGGGGGUCUUCUACGCACUGCAUUCCCCCAGUGUUUAAGGCAGCUCUGGGGUCUGCCAUCGGCUCUCUAUAUGGUAUUAUCAACAACCGCUGCUGUCCUGUGCAAUCUGAUCCAUGCUACUGAGGGAAAAUAACUUGGGAGAGACUGUUUCGAAAAGGUUUUCAUACCCUGUGUCCAGUAGACCAAUAGUAGCAUGUGUCGACUCCAAUUUAAGACUAACUGCAUCGUGAGAUUUAACAAUUCCCUAAGUGUUAAUAUAUACCAAUUGUUAAAUACCCAUUAAAUAUGAUAGGCCAGGAGGGGACAUGGUAGGCCUACAGGGAGUUGUUGGAAAUUGUACCAAAGCAAUGAAUAUGUAUGUGCAUUCUCAUGUCAAUCAAUGCAGAGUUUGAACGGUUAAUAUGGGGAUAUCUAUCGAUGCAGAUGUUGAAAUUGUCCCCAUUAUUUCUGUACCAUAUGUUUGUCUUUGUGUAGCUUAAUACAUUCUGUUAUGUAUUCUACGUGACAAUAUUCAUAGAAAGUCCUGCCUUAUGAUUUUGUUUUAUUUCCAUACACUGAACCAUUUGCCUGUUUACAGUCUUCACCUCCAGGCCAGAACCCAUCAGUUUGCUAAAGCUACAUGGGUCAUUGCAAUGCUGAAACACUUAUGACUAUAGAGGUAUCUUUUUGCCAAUACUAUGGAGCAUGUAUAGGGUAAAAUGGUGUUUUAUCUAUUUUAUAUUGUAUGUGUUGCCAAGUAAGGGAUUUCUGUUACAUUUGUUUCGUUUAUUUAAGCUCGAUGGUCAUUCCACUCUGAUUAUAGUAAAGAAAAUAAAUCAAAUAAAAAGA